GUCACCGAGUCCGCGAUCUGCCUCCAGCUGAUCGACUGUUCACGAAGAAGCAGUAGGUUACUGCCAUGGAGAGUAAGGAGAUGUGGCUAUCGUAGUGUCUACUUGUAAGGGUGCUGUUAUCAGUGCUCAGCAGCUUAUUACACUUUUCUGUUUCUAGAAUACAGUUUCUGUUAUACUAUGGGAUUGAAUAUUUUAUUCAAGGUUAACCUAAAUCAUGGGGGACCUUAGGAUUUUUCAGCGGUGAAGACCAAACGUGGGAAAGUUUUAUGCGUACAGUGAAUAUAAUUUUCGUUUCCAGCACAUUAACCUGUUACUGAGACCAGUUUAAAAUGGUUAAGGAAAAACCAAAUUCCACUCGAAUUUACGACGAAGAAGGCUUUAGGAGGAGAGCAGCUUGCAUCUGUGUAAGAAGUGAACUGGAAAAUGAGGUGCUACUGGUGACGUCGUCGCGCCGGCCCGACCACUGGAUCAUCCCCGGCGGCGGCGUCGAGCCCGACGAGGAGCCCAGCGUGACGGCCAUCCGCGAGGUGCGCGAGGAGGCGGGCGUCUGCGGCAAGCUGGGCCGCUGCCUCGGCGUCUUCGAGGUGUUCCAGAACAGUGAGAGGAAACACAGGACUGAAGUUUUUGUGCUGGUUGUGACUGAAGAACUGUCAGACUGGGAGGAUGCAAGGACAAUGGGUCGCCAAAGGAAAUGGUUCAGUGUGGAAGACGCGCUGGAGCAGCUCUCCCAGCACAAGCCUGUGCAGCUCACGUACCUGCAGUCAUUGCUCUCUUGUCGCAAUGACAAAGUUACUUGAGGCCGCAACCUUCUGCUGAGCAUAUAUGCCUACAGGUUUUGUGUGUGUGUGUGUGUGUGUGUGUGUGUGUGUGUGUGUGUGUGUGGUUUUUACCUUCUCAUUUUCCCAGUUACUGCUGGGCUUCACUUUAAUUGUAAUAAAGUAAUUGUCAUUUAUUUGGUAUCACAAUUCUUGCUUAAAAUGAGUUUUGCAGUCAAUUGUCAUACUUACUCAAAAAGAUAUUUUACUAUGUCAGGUACAGUUAUAUUGCCAUUGUUUAAGACCCACAGUAUCUGCUUUUAAUCAUUUCUGUUAGGGAUAUUAGAUUUGUACUUGAGAAUGACGAUUCUUUAAAUAUAUUUACUAUGCUUAGAUUAAAUAUAAAUAUGAUAUAAACUUCUGGCAUAAAUAGAGUACCUAUCAAGUUAUAUCGAUCAGUAGUAAUCAGUACUGAACAGUGCAGUUACAAAAUUGUAUUUGUAGGAAUAGCUCAUAGGUAAACCAUUGAAUCUCAACAUAUUGUUUCUUUGAAAUAAGACAAAUGUUAUGGGUCAGCCCUGAGUAACUGGGAAUUGGAGAAGUAGUGACUAUAAGAAUACAUCAUGGCAUCCAUAUUGCUUUCAGAUUGCUUGUGCUGCAAAUUACAGUUCCAAGAAGUGAUUCAUAGUACUCAGACAAAUGUAUCACCAGGACAAAUAUAUCUGAAGCUUAUUAACUUUAAUAAAUUCUGAAAAUUUUUACUCAUUAUGGGAACAGAUAGUGUCUUAAAUGGUGUAGGGAAAGUACUCCAGUAUUCAGAUGACUACGGGCACUGUGUCACUAUUAAAUGUAUAGGUAUUUGCAUUUCUUUAUUGCUUCAGUUUCUGUAACAGUGGCAGUGAGUGAGUGAGUUAGUGGAAGCUAAGUUGGGAUUAGAGAAGUGCAGCUGUCACAUAAUAAUAUUUAGAUUUGAGAAGGUCUUUAAAACCUUGGUUUUGUUGGCUAUCAGUAGCUGCAUUAAUCUUUCUCUCUCUCUUUCUAGCCAUUCUAAAUAGAAUUUUAUAUUUACAUCAGAUUUUUAGAACAAUAAUACUAAUAAUUAAAAACAAAAUUUUUGCCUAAGGAAGGAAGGUUCGUGACAGUUCCAUAAAAUUAUUAGUUUACUUAAAAUAUUGUUGCAUUUUUUAAAUUCAGUGUGCAGUCAAACUGUACAAAUUGAUUUCUUAUUCUCAAUAUUAUCAAUACAGCACAGACCUUUGCCUAGUCUAGAAGGCUGAUCGUAUGUUGAAUGUAUUAGGUCAGUUUCAGUGAAACACAGGUAUGUAAAGAAUGACUUAAGGUUAAGUAAAUGUCACUGUUGCUUAUGAGAUGAAACUGUUAAAAGUUGCAUUUCGGAAAAUAUGGCACUUUUAAUUUGUGAUCAUUUUUGUAUUCAAAUGUUUAGUUGUUGUUGGUGUUCACUAGGGUUCAGUGUUGCCUGGAUAUAUUUCCUGAUACAGUAUGCAUUCAGUAUGAAGUACACCAUAGUUAAGACUGCAAAUUUAUAAAGAACACGCAGAUAAGAAGCUGUACAAAACCAAAUGUAGGAUAAUCGCAUUGUAUUUCUCACGUCAGUCAUAUAUGAAUGUAGUGUGUAAUUCAAAUGCUCAGAAAAGUGUAUCUUCCUUAAUUUUCUUGAUGAAAUGUACGAUUAUUUUUUUUCUAUUAGAUGAGUAGUAUAGCUGCCACAUGUAAAUGAAGUCUUCUGUUUGCCAUGGAAAACUUCAGGAUGUAAUACUCCUCAGAGAUAUUCAUUGUGUUUAAUAUUUUCUGUUAAGAAAGAAAUUUGUGUUCAGUUUUGAUAUUACACAAGAGUGCAUUGUAUUGUAUAAAACAAAUCGAGGUUUUGUUUUCUGAAGACUGGGGUAUUAAAAAACCGGGGCAAAAUGCCACGGAGGUUUUGUAACUAGUGUCGUACAGACCAGGUAAUUUACUGAGAGAAAGAGGAAAGAAAGAAAUGUAAAGUCUCUUUACACUGCUUGUAUUUUUUAAAAUAAAGACAGCAAAAAUUGUU